CGCGCAACUUCGUCGGACUCAUGCUGGUUUCAGUCGAGCCUCAACAGUCAUGAAACGACGUGGACCAAGUAACACGAAUUAAAAACCCCUUAGAGUAACGAUAGUGCGUAAGUGACAAAGUGGUCCAGUGGCACUUGUGUAAACGCCUUUUGUCAAUUUAAUUUUUCUGAGACGAUUAAGUAGACUAUCGCAAUGAGUGGUACAAACAUUUCACUACUGCGGAAUCGGAUGAAUCAAUUUAAACUGACAAGAGGAGAUUUGGAUGCAUUCCUUAAUAGUACCUAAAGGCAAUGACAAAAGGCACGGUAGAGGGAGUCAUCAUGAACGUGCAAAGAGAAAAUAAGCCACGUUGAGCAAUGGCUUCCACAACCCAAGAAGUUGUCGGUGCAAAUUCAGGCUAUGGAUCUGGGGACGAAACGUCAAGCCUACUGGCCAAGGCUGCCAAACCGGUUCUUAUGCGUCAAGACUGCACGACGACGCUCGUGGUCUCGCCUACCCCGCACCUCUCCGCCUCCGGGGGCUUUAUGGGGGCGAGCGACGAAAGCGGCGUGCUGCCCCCGGACGAGGGCGGCGCCCGAUCCGUGCCCGACAUCGAGAUGCAUUGCCGUUCCCGCGGGCCGAACCACCUCGCGCCUCACAGGUGCAAUUGCGAAAGGCGUAAAUCCUCCGGUAUGGCGCGUUCUGUCUCUCGAGAGAGCGUCAGAUCGCAGCAUCCUCCUCAGCCUCCGCCGGUACUUUUGACGACGGCACCGAGUUCGAGGAUAAUCAGGCAAAGUUCUCAGCCUGAAGCGUGUCACUGCUGUCCCCAUCACAGCCCUGCACCGAGUGCUUCUUUGCGACAGCUUCGGGAGCCUGGAGACGGGAUCGCCAUGAUCGCGGCUGAUUCUCUCAGAAUAAAUGGUGCCAUCCGUCAGUUCAAACAGGGGAUCCUCCUCAACCCGAACACUUUGGCGCAGCAGAGAAGGGCCAAACUGCGAAGAGCCUUUACUGACGCAACCAGUGAGACGGUCACCAUAGUUAAAACGCUGCGGAAGCCCGUGUCCACUCUCUCGAUCCCCGGCGCGAUGAAGGGAGGAGGGGCGGCGGGCGGCGGUGGAGGUGGUCUUAAUACAGAGGAGGCGGGAAUAGCGCUGGUCGGAGUCCACUCAGAAUAUCCGAGGUACACGGAGGAACGUGCCUUGGGCGGCGGCCUUAUCUGUAAAGGACAGUCGCUCGGAUCCUCGGGCAACCUGAACGGCUCCAAGCACAAACCGAACGUGGGCUACCGGCUGGGAAGGAGAAAGGCCUUGUUCGAAAAACGGAAAAGGAUCAGCGAUUAUGCACUCGUCAUGGGCAUGUUUGGUAUCAUCAUAAUGGUCAUCGAAAACGAGCUAUCCAGCGCUGGCGUCUAUACAAAGGCUUCUUUCUAUUCGACGGCGCUGAAAACGCUAAUAUCCGUAUCGACUGUGAUUCUCUUAGGCCUCAUUGUCGCUUACCACGCUCUAGAAGUACAGCUCUUUAUGAUUGACAACUGUGCGGAUGAUUGGCGGAUAGCAAUGACAUGGCAAAGGAUGGCACAGAUUGGAACGGAACUGGUAAUCUGCGCCAUACACCCUAUCCCUGGCCAGUACUAUUUUUUGUGGACUACUAAGCUGGCGAAUAAAGGCGGCACCUUCGGAUCGCAAUGGGUCCCUUACGACGUGGCCCUUUCCCUUCCAAUGUUUCUUCGGCUUUACCUAAUAUGUCGGGUGAUGCUCCUACACAGCAAACUAUUUACUGACGCUUCUUCACGAAGUAUAGGGGCGCUAAAUCGAAUUAACUUCAACACCCGGUUCGUUCUCAAAACCCUGAUGACCAUAUGUCCGGGUACCGUCCUCCUUGUCUUCAUGGUCUCUCUUUGGAUAAUUGCCAGUUGGACUUUAAGGCAAUGCGAGAGGUUCCACGACGAAGACCAUGCUAACUAUCUAAACUCAAUGUGGCUGAUCGCCAUCACUCUACUUAGCGUCGGCUACGGAGACAUAGUGCCCAACACUUACUGCGGGCGGGGUAUAACCCUCACUUGUGGGAUAAUGGGGGCGGGUUGUACAGCUUUAUUAGUUGCAGUGGUAUCUAGAAAAAUGGAAUUAACUAGGGCUGAAAAGCAUGUACAUAAUUUUAUGAUGGACACUCAACUAACAAAAAGGCUGAAAAACGCUGCUGCAAAUGUGUUGAGAGAGACAUGGUUGAUAUACAAGCAUACGAGACUGGUAAAAAGAGUCAACGCUGGAAGAGUCCGAGCACAUCAACGAAAGUUCCUUUUGGCGAUAUACGCCUUGAGGAAAGUAAAAAUGGAUCAGAGAAAAUUGAUGGACAAUGCCAAUACGAUAACAGACAUGGCAAAGACUCAAAAUACUGUAUACGAGAUUGUGUCGGACAUGAGUACCAGGUACGACACGUUAGAAGAACGUCUGCUCGGCUUGGAAGACAAACUGGCCACAAUUCAAGAGCAGGUUGAAUUGCUGCCGGAAUUGCUAACUCGUUGCAUACAACAGGCACAACAACUGGCAGUAGCAGGUGGUGGAAUAGCAGUCGACAGGAGUUCUGACAGGCGAAAUUUCCUCCAUCCUGAGUCAGCCGCCAUCGUACCUGCAACACAGUGCCCCUCACCCAUUUUGUCUCACUCAAGAAGCGUUCCGCAGACAUCCCCAUACCAGUGGCCGGCAAGCCCCAUCCUCCCACCGAUAAGUAGUAGGACACCUCACUUAGUUCCCGAACCACUGCUCCCCAACAGCUGAGUGAUAGCGUACACAUAGAGGGUGAGCAAUAAACUAGUUUUUUAGUCCAAUAGCUGGGGCAUCAGUAUGAGUGAAAAGUGAUUAUUACUUAAGAUGUCAUUGUUAAAAAGAAACUGAAGCACUAAAGCAUAAAUGCGUAGUUUUAAUAUUUUUUCUGAUGGGAAAGUUAAUUAAAUAAAAAUUGUCCUAAACGGAUUUUAAAUCUUUCUUAUAGAAUUUAAGGAUGAUUAUGUAAAUUCCAAUUUCAUCAUUUUCUAAUGCUAUUAAUGGGCUAUUUACAUUAUGCUAAAAUGAAACGUGUAUAACAAAAAAAUAUUCUAUUAUGAAUCAGAUAAAUUUUUACAGAAUUAAAUUAUUAUCAAAACUAACAUCGAUUUCAAAUUGACCUAAUUAUUAGAACAUAAACGACAUGUUUUUUAGACUAACAGCUUAUUGUCAUAAGACUCCAAUUGUAUAUACGACUACUUGAACCACCCAAGUAUGGAAAGAGACAUUGACUACUAUGACUUUAACAUUAACUAAACUUUAAAACGUUUUUUACAUAAGAGCAACAAAAUUAAAAACUUAUCAUUCAAAAAUUGUGUUCAACUAUAAUUUAUACAAUUGUAAAUUCAACUAAUUUAUAACAUACAUAUUUGUUCAAACACAUUCUAUUUAAGUUAUGUAUAUACGGACUACACUACUUGUGCAAAUGAAAUAAAAUAAUAGUCUCAAGAAUGAACUUCAGAAGAGUUCAGAAGAUUUCCAAAUGGAAAAGGCUUAAACACAAAUGAAAAAUCGCUCAUUUACAAAAAAAAAUUAAACAGCCAUAUUAAUGAAAGUUUCAAAUGAUUCAAUU